AUGUUCCGAGCAGGUGCCCCAAUGAUUUUGUUCUGUGGUCUUGGGGUAUGGGUCGUGUCAAACGGGAUUGACGGAAAGAACAAGGAACGAGAUGCUUCCCAAGGUCGGUUGUCAGUCUCGGAACGGCAAGCCAUGAUGACUAAAGAGCACGAUGAUUUGGUCGAAAGAAUGAACCAUGUCAUGUCCAAAGACUUUGACAAUACCAAGAGAAUAGAACGACCUGAAGAAAUUCUUGCUCGCAGACGAAAGGAGCGAGAGGCACGGAACGCUUGGUACAAACGAUGGUGGAGAUCAAUUCGUGGUCAAUCAUAG